UGCUCCGAGGCCGCAGAAAUUAACCCUUCAGGGCCCGCGGCUGCCCUGCGCCCCGCCUCCGCCCCUUACCUGGACCCCGCAGGAGAUGGGUGCCCCCAUCGGCACACUGUCCUUUGGCCACCCGACAUCAUGCCUCCCAAGAAGGAUGUUCCCGUGAAGAAGCCAGUGGGGCCCCCUGCUGCCUCCAAGCCUGCUGCUAAGCCCGCAGUAGGGCCCCCUCCAUCCAGGGUUGAGCUACCACCACCUGUCCCUCUAAUCAUUGAGAAACCUGCGAAACCCCAGGAGCCCCCCAUCGAUCUCUCCAAAGUGGUGAUCGAGUUUAACAAGGACCAGCUGGAGGAGUUCAAGGAGGCCUUCGAGCUGUAUGACCGAGUGGGGGAUGGCAAGAUCCAGUUCAGCCAGUGUGGGGACGUGAUGAGGGCUCUGGGCCAGAACCCCACCAACGCCGAGGUGCUCAGGGUCAUGGGAUACCCCAAGAGUGAUGAGCUGAAGUCCCGGCGUGUGGACUUUGAGACUUUCCUGCCCAUGCUUCAGGCAGUCGCCAAGUUGCCAGACCGAGGCUCAUACCAGGACUACCUGGAGGGGCUUCGGGUGUUUGACAAAGAGCAGAAUGGCAAAGUCAUGGGAGCUGAGCUCAGACAUGUCCUCACCACCCUGGGAGAGAGGAUGACUGAAGAGGAGGUGGAGUCUGUUUUGGCAGGACAUGAGGACAGCAGUGGCUGCAUCAAUUAUGAAGCCUUCCUGAAGCACAUCCUAAGCGUCUGAGCAAUGCAGGUGCAGUGGCGUCGGACGCUGGGCUCCCACCAGGCAAAAGCACGUUCCUGCCACUAGGAGGCUAUUGUUUCAAAAUAAAGAGACGUUUCCUCCCUUA